GCCAUUCUGUGCUUCCGGGAGGAGGUGCAGGUUAGGUAGUGCAAUAUGGCUUUACCAGGAAGGGAGUAUGAAUAAAUACCCUGUGGUGAAGCAGACAGACUUGCCAGAAUCGUGCUAUCAAGAUUACCUUAAGGUUACUGUUUGUUUACUGCGAUUAAAUGCGAUAGCUAGUAGUGUAACGACAACUCGACUGAAAUGGGAGGUUCAUGAAUUCAGCAACACGACACAGAAGCAAGCAAGCUCUACUCGUAUACAAUGAGACUGAAGUUGGAGCUGUCUUGAUGUGCUGCUCUUGUUGAACUCCAAGUGCUCUUACAGAAUGCAGCCUUCUUGCCAGCAUGGCCCCUCUGAGCUCCAGUUGAAAGUGGACUUUUUCCGUAAGCUGGGCUACUCGUCACAAGAGGUACAGGCGGCCCUGCUGAAACUAGGCUUGGACACUGAUACGAAUGCUGUCCUGGGGGAGCUGGUGCGCUCUGGAGCCAGAGACUCACCCACAGCAAGUCAGGAGAGUGAUGAUGGAAGCUCUGGAUUUAGCCACCGUGGAGGUGGAUCCAGCACUAAAGAGCUCCACAGGGACGUUCACCGCUCACCAGCAAUAGAUGAAAUUGACAACGACCUAAAACCCAUCGUGAUUGAUGGAAGCAACGUGGCUAUGAGUCAUGGAAACAAGCAAGUUUUUUCAUGUCGCGGAAUUGAGCUGGCAGUUAACUACUUCCUUGAGAGAGGACACAGGAACAUCACAGUAUUUGUGCCCUCAUGGAGAAAAGAGCAACCAAGGCCAGAUGUCCCCAUUUCAGAUCAGCACAUUCUAGCAGAGCUGGAAAGGAGAAAGAUAGUUGUAUUCACACCCUCCCGGCGGGUAGGAGGCAAGCGAGUGGUCUGCUAUGAUGAUCGCUUCAUCGUCAAACUUGCUUGUGAUCUGGAUGGCAUUAUAGUGUCCAAUGACACAUACCGUGACCUUCAGAGUGAACGGCCUGAAUGGAAGCGCUGCAUUGAGGAGGGGCUACUCAUGUACUCGUUUGUCAAUGACAAGUUCAUGCCACCAGAUGACCCUCUUGGUCGCCAUGGUCCAAACUUGGAUAAUUUCCUCAGAAAGAAACCUCUGCUACCAGACAUCAAACGGCAGCUUUGUCCUUACGGAAAGAAAUGCACAUACGGAAUCAAAUGCAAGUUUUAUCAUCCUGAGCGAACCAGCCAGUCACAGCGUUCUCUUGCAGAUGAACUGAGGGACAAUGCACGUCUGUCCAGUUCCGUCCGCUGCUGUUCAGAGGAGAGCCGAAGAUCAGGAUCUUCCCUCAGAGGGCCCUGCCACACUGAGUCUGGCUUUGGUUCAUACUUUCCCUCUUUAGAGCAAGAGCUGGAGUACAAGCUAACCCUGGAACCUGCUGUUUGUGUACCAAGAAACCAACUCAAUGAAAGCAUGAAGCACUACUGGGAUGAUGUUCCUACCAAGUACCAAGCCAGCAACCCAGCUUGCCACACUCCUCUGGACUGGCAUAGUCUGUACUCCGCAUACCUCAAUAAUCCUUCAUCUAGCUCAGAUUCUGGCCUUGGCUCUUACGAGAGCCAGUUUUCAGAGGCAUCUCAAGGACAUGAUGAUUCAUACAGGAUAAGCUCUAGGCAUAAUAGGUUUUAUGAGCAGCAAGAUGUGCCUCUUGGUUGCACUUGCUCUUCUGAGCCAGUUGUCCAACCAAGCAUCCAUCAGUACCCUCUUUCCCAGCAUCCAUCCAACUGCUUUGAUUAUGGUGCACUCCAGUUCCAUAGGCCCUCUAGCAAUAAACCCUACAGCCUUCCCAAUUACUUACAGGCUAAUGGGUACCAUCACAGCCAACCAGAAGUGUGUUCUGACAGAGUGUGGCUCCCUCAGACUCGCACACCUUUUAGUUUACCCAACUCUCUCCAUGCUGUUGGACGCCACAGACCUGCUGACGUUUAUGGGUGCAGCCAGGGAGCGCUCAGUCCAAACACUGUCCCAAUCGAGGCAGAACGAGCAGAGACAAGGAAGAAACUCCAUGCAAUUUUUAAUCCUCAUCAUGUGGAUAAGGUUAUGGGAAUGUUCCCAAAGCUAAAAGAUGCCCAACAACUUGCAGCAGAGAUUCUCAAGCUCAAGUCCAAAGGAGAGUUGUACUAAUUACUCUAUGCUCUGUUGUGAUAAAGACAUACUUUAAUAAGAGCAGAAAAUAUUUUUUCUCAUAUGAAACUGAGCUCAGGUUUAAACGCUGAAUAACUCUGAAUCUUAGGAAAUGUAUUUUUGCUAUCUCUCUUAACAAUGUUUUAAUUCUUUUGUUGGAUUGUUUUGUCUUUGGCUUUGGCCAGAAGUUUUAAGGUUAAUUAUACCUGAAUGUCACAUCACAUAGUAAAUGUGAUGACUAUGUAUGACAUGAAAGUCAAGUUAUAUCUACAAAACUUGUUCCUAUUUGACUACAGCAUCUGUAUCAUUCUGUAUUGUUAAAUGUAUUGAUAAGAGUCAUUCCAUAUUGUUAAAUGUUUGUCAUUGAUGCACAUUGCAUCCUUUAAUAUUUCUGAUUUGGUAUGUUAUGAUGAAGUAUUGUGGCCCACAGAUGUUAUAAUAUUGCUCAAUGUGUGUGGCAGAUGUUUAAAUGACUUUUAAAAAUAUAAUAUUGUAAAAACUGUAUUCAGCUAAACUUUUUUGUACAGUAAUUUCAGUUUUAACACUAAUAAGUGGUGAUGCAUUUUUCUUUAACCAGUGUAAAAAAACAAGUUAAUUUACUAAAGUAUCAAUUAAUUGUUAGUAAAUUUUAGUUAAAUUUUGCAGUGCCACAAUUCAUUAUAUAUGACAUUCUACAUUCUAUAUAACAUUCUUUGGUAUUAUUUUACUUCAGUUUCCAUCAACUGACUUCCAUAAAUUAAAAAUAUACAGGAACACAGUGGCAUAAUUUUGCACAUUCUGAUAUCUGUUCUCAUGUAGAGUCAGUCCCACUUUACCGCUUCCUAAGCUGUCUGUAGUCUGCUCCAUAGAAUUAUGGGAUUAUUGGCACCGUUCAUAAUAAAUGAGCAAAAUGAUUGUGUAAACUAAGCAUUACACACAGUAAGUUAACAUUCAAUAAAUAGGAGAAAUUGUUAAUCUUUGUUCUAAUAAUAAAAAAAAAUCAUGAAAACUACUUAUUUUUGAAACAAUAUUUUCCACAAAAAUAUACAUAUGUAACAACAUUAUUGACUCUUUAUUGACAUCUUUUUAUUUUUCAUUUGCUCUCAGUCUCCAGGCUGAAUUCUGUUGUUGUCAUUAGCCAUGUUCCCCUGUUUCCCUGGGGUAUAAAUAUGAGAGAGCACACAUGUAAAAUCCCUUUCUCAUGGAUUACAGUGGGUGAAUAUUCAACACAAAAUUGACAGAUAGUUAUUAGCUUACACAAAUAAGGUAAUGGAUAUAAAACAUAUCUACUAGUGUUGGGUUCAAGACCACCUUAGCUGAGACCAUGUUAAGACCAAGACCAUAGCCAAUGGCGUCCGAGUCAAGACCGAGUAAGACGGGGGCAAGACCAAGAUGAGACCAACACCUCACAUGGUCGAGUCCAUGUCAAGACUGAGACCAGAUGCUAACGUGUUAAUUUGCUGGUUGUAGCAUUCUCCUAACCUGACAUGAAAUUUCUCUUGAAUUAACUAAAAUAUCCCUACUAUUUUGGUAUUAUUAUUUUGAAUAAAUUAGUAUGCAGCACAUAGGACAUGUUAAGCAUAGCCCAUUCUUCUAGCAAGUGCUGCAGUGUAAUGUUAUUUUAUAUCAUUGCAUUGGGGGUUAGGGAGCAUGUGUGAGAUAAAUGAAAUGACAGAGUUUGCUAUACAAAAGAUUUUUUUCUUUAUUUUUUUUUUAAAGAAAUCUAACAGCACGUGUAAAGAUUCGCAAAUAAAAGCCCAUUACCUUUGAUUUAAGCACACAGCAGGUAAAUAAAAUGCAUUAAAAACUAGAAUUUGUUUUGGCUCGUACAAUUUCCUGAGACCAAAUACAGCUGUGCAUUACAAGUACUUGUGCUGUAUUAUUUUGAACAAAGAAGACAGUAUUUUGAAGUAUAGUCACUUGACAUGUAUAGAUGCUAUAUUACUCCACAUGGAAAGAGAAACAUUUAGAUUUUGUACUGUAUUGGGACCAUUACAAACUACACGUUCAUGAAAAUGAUGUUAUGGUUUUGGGUGGUGUUGGAAAAAUAUAUCAACCGAGACAAGAGCGAGUAAGA